CAGGCCGCCGCUGAGUCUUGGGCAGGUCCGGAACCCGCGAGGCCCAGCCACCAGGUUCGCGUGUGGCUUUCGCUCCCGUGGCCUUCGUGGGGUGACAGGAUUGCUGAAAGGCGAGGGAGGAGCCUGCGCGGUGCCCUCCGUGGAAGCCACUCGGGGAGGCGAGCCAUGUUCAACCACCAGCAACAAUUCCAACAGCAGCAGCAACAGUUGCAGCAGCUGCAACAGCAGCAGCUCCAGCAACAGCAAUUGCAACAGCAGCAGUUGCUGCAGCUUCAGCAGCUGCUCCAGCAGUCCUCACCACAGGCCACUUUGCCCAUGCCUGUCAGCCGGGGCCUCCCCCAGCAGAUGCCCCAGCAGCAGCUUCUGAAUCUCCAGGGCACCCACUCGGCCUCCCUGCUCAAUGGCUCCAUGUUGCAGAGAGCUUUGCUUCUGCAGCAGUUGCAAGGACUGGACCAGUUUGCAAUGCCACCAGCCACGUAUGACAGUGCCGGCCUCACCAUGCCCACAGCAACUUUGGGUAGCCUCCGUGGCUACAACAUGGCAGCCCCAAGUCUGGCGGCUCCCAGCCUGCCAGCACCCCAGCUGACCACCCCAAAUCUGCAGCAGUUCUUUCCCCAGGCCACUCGUCAGUCCCUCCUGGGCCCUCCUCCUCCUAUUGGAGUUCCCAUGAACCCUUCCCAGCUCAGCCACUCAGGGAGGAACCCUCAGAAACAGGUCCGGACAUCCUCUUCCAUCACUGUCAAUCGCAAGGAUUCUUCUUCUCAGACAGUGCCUGUGGAAGACCAGGAAGACCCCACAGAGGGGUCUGAGGAAGCCACAGAGCUCCAAAUGGACACACCUGAAGACCGAGAGUCACCAGUCUGCCCAGACGGCACUGUGAGUGAGAAGAGCACCCCAGCACCUGAGCCUUUUGAGGCAUUGGAGCCACCAACCAAGAGGUUGAAGAACUCAGAGGAGUCCACAGAGAAGGGGCCUCCAGGUCAGCAGCAGGCGAAGGUCCAGCCACAGACUCGGAUGACAGCACCAAAGCAGACACAGACACCGGAGCUGUUGCCUGAGCCACCAGGAGCCCAAGGGCUUCUGCAGAUCCAGACCCAGGUGCAGCCACAGACUCAGCUACAGCUGCCUCCGGGGGACACCCAUGUGCAGCCACAGCUGCAGAAGCAGGCCCAGACACAGACCUCUCCAGAGCACUUAGCGCCUCAGCAGAAACACACGCAGCCACAGGUAUACACCCAAGCACAACCACAGGAACAGCCUUCAGGACAGGAGACAGAGCAGACACCAGAGCAGACUCAGGGCCAGCCUCAGACCCAGCUGCAGGGGUCAACAUCUGUACCAGAGCAAAUGGGAAUUCCAGCCCAUGCCAUGGAAGCGGAGACACCAGAAGCCAGGGGAGGGCUGGAGGAGGCCUCGCCAGAACCUGUGGGUGCCCAGGUCAGCAAGGACAUGAGCCGGGAGGAGUCAGCCGGUGGCUUGGAUGUGGGAGAGUGUGAAAAAAGAGCGAGAGAGAUGCUUGGGAUGUGGGGUGCCGGGGGCUCCCUGAAGGUCACCAUCCUGCAGAGCAGCAACAGCCGGGCCUUUAGCACCAUACCCCUCGCACCUGGACCACGCUCCGGAGACUCUAGCUCUGCCCCUUCCGGCACUGCCAGCACACCUGCCAGGCAGACCCUCCAGUUCUUUUGCUAUAUCUGCAAGGCCAGCUGCAGCAACCAGCAGGAGUUCCAGGACCACAUGUCAGAGGCUCAGCACCAGCAGCGGCUUGGGGAGAUACAGCACUCGAGCCAGACCUGUCUUCUGUCCCUGCUGCCCAUGCCCCGGGAUGUCCUGGAGAGAGAGACGGAGGACCCUCCACUGAAGCGCUGGUGUAACACCUGUCAGCUGUGCUAUGUGGGAGACCUGAUCCAGCACCGCAGGACACAGGCCCACAAGAUUGCCAAACAAUCCCUGCGGCCCUUCUGCACUGUGUGCAACCGCUAUUUCAAGACUCCUCGAAAGUUUGUGGAGCACGUAAAGUCCCAGGGGCACAAGGACAAAGCCAAGGAGCUAAAGACACUUGAGAAGGAGAUAGCCAGCCCAGACGAGGAGCACUUCAUCACAGUGGAUGCCAUUGGUUGUUUUGAGGGUGAUGAAGAAGAUAAGGAUGAAGAAGAGAUUGAAGUUGACGAGGAAUUCUGCAAGCAGGUGUGUCAGGUGAGGCCCAAAGAUAUAUCCUUAGAGGAAUGGAAGGCCUCAGAGACUUACAGCCCCAACACUGCAUAUGGUGUGGACUUCCUGGUGCCAGUGAUGGGCUAUGUCUGCCACAUCUGUCACAAGUUCUAUGACAGCAACUCAGGGGUGCAGCUCUCCCACUGCAAGUCCCGGACCCAUUUUGAGAACCUGCAGAAAUACAAAGCAACUAAGAAUUCCAGCCCUACCACUCGGCCUGUGAGCCGCAAAUGUGCAAUCAACGCUCGCAACGCCUUGACUGCAUUGUUUACCUCCAGCAGCAGCAGUGGCCGCCCAUCCAGCCAACCCAGCUCUCAGGACACAGCAAAAAUGCCCAGCAAGGUGAAGCCUCGACCCCCCAACCCCUCUCUUCCCCCUCGGCGUUCAACCCGCCUCAAAACCUAAUAGUUGUCCUGCCUAACCAGGGCCAGACCUGCUAAUGUUUCCUAGGCAUCUGUGGGGUAGAUGUUCAUAUGGUUGGUGUUUUUAUCCAAAAUCCAAUAAAAGACGGUCACUUGGC